GCAGAAGAAGAGACUGUAGUUUCAUUUGUGACUGACCUAUUUAACCUAGCUUGUCUUAUUAGCAUCGGAAAAUUAUCUUCAUGGCCAGCAAUGGGCUUGGCCGUUCUUACGUAAGGAGUUUAUGUUUUCUGAUGCUGAGUUUUUAAUUUUCUUCCCCGAGGAACGACAGGACACAGAAGAACGUCGUGGACUUUAUGCGUAGUUGAACAGAGGAGCUACUGUUAGCCACUUUGAUUUAGCUGCUAUUAAGAUGAGCUGUCAGACUGGUAGCUAGCUCCGCUGUAAUUUCAGUCGUCUGAUUUGCUCUGCCACUUUUAACUGAUAAACUUGUAUACAUUUUCCUAUCUUAGCUUAGGUACGAUCAUUCAUUCAGCUCCUUUGGAUGUUAAGUGUGUCAGGAAGUGACUCUUCAGCUCCAUGUCUGCUGAGGCUUCGGUUGGCAGUCAUGCUGCCGGCUCUAUUCAGUCUGCCUGUCAAAGCACAGAGGAGCACAGAAGUCGGGGUCUGCUGGGGAGCAAGUACGUCAAAUUAAAUGUGGGCGGCUCACUACAUUAUACAACUGUCCAGACUUUGAGCAAGGAAGAGAGUCUGUUGCGGAGCAUAUGCAAUGGAGGCACUGAGGUCACUAUAGACUCUGAGGGUUGGGUAGUUCUGGAUAGGUGUGGUCGACAUUUUGGACUGGUUUUAAACUUUCUGCGUGAUGGCUCAGUACCACUUCCUGAGGACCAAAGAGAACUGGAUGAGGUUUUGAAGGAGGCCCAGUACUAUCGUGUCCAGGGACUUGUACAGCAUUGCCUCGGUGCCAUGCAGAAACAAAAAGAUGUCUUUGAAAGCGUGUGCCGCAUCCCGAUGAUCACCUCAGCCAAAGAAGAACAGAGGAUGAUUGCCACUUGUAGAAAGCCUGUUGUGAAGCUCCAGAACAACAGAGGAAACAAUAAGUACUCUUACACCAGCAACUCGGAUGAUAACCUCCUGAAGAACAUUGAGCUUUUUGACAAACUUGUCCUUCGGUUUAAUGGCCGCGUCCUGUUUGUGAAAGAUGUGCUUGGGGACGAAAUUUGCUGUUGGUCUUUCUACGGCGAGGGCCGCAAGAUUGCUGAAGUAUGCUGCACUUCCAUUGUCUACGCCACAGAGAAGAAGCAAACCAAAGUUGAGUUUCCAGAGGCUCGAAUCUUUGAAGAAACCCUCAAUAUCCUCAUUUAUGAAAACAGCAGAUCUGGAGGCAUCCACCUUUUAGAUUCAAGAGGCUCUGGAUCAUCACUGGGAACUGGCCAGUCAGAGGAGGAGGGUGCUGUGGGCGGAGACAGGCGAGUAAGACGGAUCCACGUGAGGAGGCAUAUAAUGCAUGAUGAAAGAGGGCACGGUCAACAAACUGUGUACAAAGACUAAAGAUGUGAAGGUGUAAAGCAUGGGAGAGUGACGUCAUGUAUGUUUUGUUUUUGUUUUGUUUUGUUUUGUUCUGGGGUUUUUUGGGUGCUUGCAGAAUGAGAUGGUCCAUCAUAGCAAUAGAUUGGUAGUUAUUUCAUUACAUGUCUUUAGAUUUCACUGCACACAUGGAGUUGGAUGACUGAUUUAUAAAUAAGAUGAAAAAUUGCUUCUGUUUACAUGAAAAUGAAUGAUGUACAUUAUUUAAAUAGGAACUGUGUAAAAUUACUUGGGACAUGGAACUGGCAUAAAUAUUUUGCAGAUGUUAUGAAAGUUACUGAAAGGGCUUCAAAGCUCAACUUCCAGCCAACAGAUUGGAUUAACCUCAGAGAUCAUGGCCCGCUACUGUGUGUGUGUUAAUAAUAUGCACUGGAAGCCUUCUGUGUUUGACUUGAUCAGGUUGUGAAACAUCUGUUGCCUUUUUUUAAGUUGGACUAAGAUGCUGCCCGACUGUGAUGAACAGAGGAAGGUAUUUGAGUUUAGCUUAACACUGGAAUAAAACAGAGUAGCCAUUUUUAGUGACGCUGACAACAGAUGACAUUGUUGAACAGCUGCUUUCUGUAUUUAAAUUAUUACUGCUGAUGCUUCAAGAUGUUUUUUUUUUUUUUUUUUUUUUUUUUUUUUUUUUUUAUCAAAUUAAUUUAUGAACCUAAUUUAUUGUUUGGUAUUUAACUUUUGUAUUGUAUGCAAUCUUUGUGUUAACAUGCGAGUUGUCAUUUUUGACUGGAGAUGAUGCACUCAACCAUUUUGCAAUUUGCUCAUGUAAAUGACUAAAUCGUGAAUUUCUAUUUUUACUUUGUUUCAAACGGUACCGUGACCUUUCUACCAUCUUGUUGAAACUGCUUAUUACUCUGAGCCAUGAUCUUUAAUUUUUCACUUUAUGUCUUAAACAAUCCACUGAAAUCUUUUCAAAACAAUUGGCCAUACUGUGAUGAUAAAGGCAAAUAAUAAUGAAUGGUGUUUUUAUUUCCCUCAGGGCAAUUUUGGGAGUUUUCUUGAUCAUAUUCACUGGUGUUCUGUGCACACCAAAACACUGAAUACUGAUAAAAAGAAACAAUGAAUGAGAGCAAUAUGUUUCUCUGACACCCUUUAUAAAAUCACCUUUGGAACACCGUUAAAUAUUGCACUAAUGUCACUUCCGUCCUGUUGUGGUCAUGGGAAAAUUCUUAAUAAAAUACUUGUGAAACUUGG